AUGUCUUCUAAUGAUAUUCUCUCAACGGAUGGUCCUGAUGAUGAUGAUGACGAUGAUGGUACCCUGUCUCCAGUUUCGCAUUCGGCCUCCGCUGGCUCUUUAUUCAUGAGAAGAACAGUGGAAAUGAAGGCCAUUAAGUCAUUCAACACAAAAUUACCUGCAAUAAACUGUAUAGAAAUAGUGAACGAAGAAGAAGCAUUUAUAUGUCAUUAUGAAGGAGAUAUUUUUAAAAUUAGACUAAUACCAACAUUAAUUACCAACAGGCUGCGGCAUAUCGAGGAAAUAAGGGGAUUAACACCAGCUGACAUAGCGGUUAAUUCAGUCGGGGAUAUUUAUUUUAUAUGCAAAAUUGACAAUUGCAUUAAAAUAGUCAAGAAAAACAAUCACAAUAAAAUUCAGGUUUCAUCACUACCGAAACAGUUUAACUUGGAACCUCUGUGUAUUCAUUGUCAGAAACUAGAUGAUUCAAUCAUCUGGAUAGGGCUUGCAGAAUUUGGAGCGAAAUAUAAACAAACAUAUAAUAGUUCCCGCCAAAUAGUUUCCAUAUCAUCCAAUGGAAAUCUAUGUAAUAUUUUCGAAUAUAGCGAUGAAAAUCAACCGCUGUUUACUUUUCCGUGGCGAAUAACAUCAAAUGAGGGUAGAAUUUAUGUUAUUGAUAGAAAAAGUGAAUCAACCGGAACAGUUGUAGCACUUAAUAAGUAUGGCAAUAUACAAUGGAGAUACAGUGACCUACAUCCGAGUUUAAGUCAGAGACCAUUCCUUCCAUCCGAUGUAGUAGUUACAAAAUCUACAAAUAUUAUAGUGUUAGAUUCGACUAACAAUGCGCUCCAUAUACUUAGCUAUGCUGGUAAUUUAAUGUUACAGCAAUCACUAGAGGGUUUCGAAAUUGAAUAUCCAAUCAGCAUGAAGUUUGAUAAUUCAAACUGCUUGUGGAUUGGCAGUGGAUUCAAUGGUAUUCCAGACAGCAAGGCUAAACUGUACAAGUUUCAAAUAACAGGAAUAUAA